AUGUUAUCAAUACUGCGAAAAGCCCGUCUAAAGGACAAGGAGAUGCGAAUAUUAAUGCUGGGUCUAGAUAAUGCGGGCAAGACCACCAUUGUGAAAAAGAUCAUGAAUGAAGAUAUCACCACAGUCAGCCCCACACUGGGCUUCAUUAUCAAAACUAUUGACUUUAUGGGAUACAAACUGAAUAUCUGGGAUGUCGGCGGGCAAAAGACACUACGCUCAUACUGGAAAAACUACUUUGAGAAAACUGACACUCUUGUCUGGGUCGUUGAUGCCACUGAUCGUCUCCGUGUGGACGACUGCCGUCAGGAGCUGGCUGGGCUGCUCCUGGAAGAGCGCCUGAUGGGAGCUACCCUCCUGGUCUUUUUGAACAAAACAGAUGUGGAACAUUGUAUGGGGGAAGAUGAAGUACGGGAGCGCCUAGGCUUGGAUCUGAUCAAAACCCACAAAUGGACUAUCCUCCCAUGCAGUGCUAUGACGGGGAAAAACCUUACAGAAGGGUUGGAAUGGGUGGUACAGGAUGCGAAAGACCGACUGUUUCUCUAUUAG